ACGAUGCAGAAAACCCGUGGUAGAAAGGACUCCGCGUCGAGUCUCAACGACUGAGCAUGCAGUUGCCUUUUUCCCGCACGUGUUGUCCACCCCCUCUGGCAGUGUUUACCCUGCAUCAGUUCGAAAUCCUGCACAUACGAACACCCGGUGUCCUGUGGAUGUUUACCAUUGUUGCCGCUUCUUUAUGCCUCCUUUUUGCAUAUGAUCCUCUGAAUGCAGGACACUUGUAAAAAGACGUUCCUUGCCUUCAACCGGACGACUUUCGGAAAAGGUCGCCAGGUGGUUUGAACGCUGCCCUGCAUGCUGAGUGACGCUACCAGCUGCACGCAAUUUGCGGUGUCCAUGGAAAGUCAUGAAACUCGAAGAAAAGCGAACGUCGUGGAAGUGGCGUUUCUAUCCAACACCCUGUACGGGCUCAAGGCCGUGAAGAUGGGCUUCGACCCUCACUUCACGCGACAGAUGCCUCCCGCUUUCCCUCAGGCUCACCGGUUUCGCUCUCGGUCGACUGCAUUCUUUUGACAAGUUGACGGCGCCGUCGUGGCUGUGUAUAACGGGUGAUGCUUCUUUCCGAACGACUUUCUACAGCGUGGCUGUUCUUCCUCCAGGUUAACGUGCGUCACCGGAUCUUAGGUUCCCUGCUCGUAGACGGAGCCGUGGUCCCUUCGCGUGUAUCUUCACAACCGCCCUCGUUCUCCGGCUUUUUCCUCGAUUUUUUGCCUUCCAACGGAGCUCACGCGUCUCCGGCACUUUGCUAUUCUCUCCUUCUCCGUUCUAGGCGCCGCUCCCCCGUGGAAACAGGAGAGCAGAAUCAGUCGGGAGGCGUGCUCUGUGAUGCGAGCACUCACCCUGCUUCAUCGGGGGGGGUCCAGAUCUGUCGCGGCCUCCCCCACCCUUUUUUCUCUCGGUUCCUCUUCUCCCUGUGUCCUCCGCAGUUACACGAGCCGUCCUCACUGCCUGUCUUCUGCUUCGUCGGCGUCUGCUCGCACCGACUCCCGUGAGGUCCCCAGCAGAUAUGCCUGGCCCCCGAGGACCCACCAUGUUUCCGACAGACAUUCUGAUGAGCAGCGUGUCGGCUGUCUUCUGAGUCGAAUUCAGACAGAUGGAGUUUCUCACAGACGAAGUAUGGUCGAGAAUCUGGCGCGUUCGUCGGUUCUCUCACUUCCUCCCGCUCUCGCGUUCCCGUCUCAGCGCUUGUCAUCUCAGCGCUUGUCAUCACCGCGUUUGUCAGCGUCUCUGUCUCUUCUCUCCUGCGCCUCGCCCUCGUCUUCGUGCCGAUCUCCAGCUCGACCUGCGCUGCAUGCAGGUGCAUCGAUGCCUCGUUCCUUCUCCGUGCUUUCCUCGAUUUCUCCCGAGGCGAAGCAAGGCGUGGACAGAGCUGCCGCCGUCGCGGUGCCGCUGGCGGCGUCGAGUCGCUCUUCCUCUGUUCUCGCUUCCCUCGACGACCAGACCUCCUCUGUCUGCGGAAGAUGCCCCGGACACAGUCCACUGCCCGCCAUCUUCUCUCCGGACGGGUCUCUCCACACUCUCGGGCCGCGCUGCUUUCCUCGCCUCCUUCAGCUGCUCCGCGGCCAUCUCCACCUCCCGGCUCCGACGCAUGCAGCGCGUCUUUCGGCACAUGCAGCGACGGUGCCGGGUACGUCGCUCGUGGGCGCUCUCGACUCCGUGAUGUUCUCCCGCCCGCCUGUGGGGUUUGAGAACUUCUAUCCCCAGAGAAGUGCGAAGGCUGUCCGGAGUCAGCGCCAGGCUGCAGAGGCGGAUGCGAACGCGAAGCGGAAAGAAGGCGAGAAGAGAGAGGAGACGCCGGCGAAGCGAACGGGUCUCUUUGGCCAGCAGGUGGAGGGCGGGGAGGGCCAGCAAGGCUCUCAGGUCCCUCCCCAGAGGCAGGGGUCGCGAGGCUCUGAGGAGAAGCCAGAGGACGCGAUCCCCGAUCCGCCGCCAGUCAGACUAAGGCUCUACGGCAAGGCAGGCCAAGGCCGAUCUGAUGCUCAGAGAGAGAGAGAGCGCCUCGGCGCCGAGAAGUACAGAGCAGCGCAUCCGAAGCCGCCUCCGCCACAGCCGCAGCCGCCGCCCCCGCCGCCCCCUGGGAGUCUCGGCGCCAUUCAGCGUGAGAUGCUCAAGAUCCUGGCUUGGUUCGGUCUGUCGACUUUCUUCCUCUACUCUCUCCUCAAAUCGAGGAGAGAGGACAUGUCCAUGCAGGAAUUCCUGUCCAAGUAUGUUGCAAAUGGGUUAGUUGACAAGGUCGAGGUGUUGGGCGACCGGGGAGAAUGUCGAGCGAUCGUCUACCUCUCCCCACCUGGAGCGUCAACGGCCGCGGGGCCGAUGUCGACGGAGGCGGGGCCUGCGCCAAUCAGAGUCGCCUCUUCGUCCGUACCUCCGGAGGUGGAGAGAGGUCUUCUCGCUGGCCUCACGCUCCCCCCCAACAAAGCCGUCGUCCGCUUCCGGACCGGACUGAGUGCCGAGAGCUUCAUUGAGAAAAUGGAAAACUUCCAGAGCUCGCUGGGCAUCCACCCCCGCGAUUUCCUUCCUAUUUACAUCAGCGAUCAGCAUGAGUUCCAUCUUUUCGACUUCUUGGGCUCUCUCUUUCUGUUCUUUUUGAUCGCAAACAUGGUCAGCGAGCUGAUCUUUAUGCGACGAAUGAGGAAGGGUGGCGGUGGAGGCCCGGGGGGCGGCGCCGGGGGAGGCCUCAAUCGUCUGCUGGGGAACAGCGCCUCUCGACGAGCUCGCGUGAAGGCUGAGACUGUCAAAGUUCGCUUCUCCGAUGUCGCAGGUUUGCACGAAGCCAAGCGAGAAAUCCUGGAAUUCGUCACUUUUCUCAAACACCCCCAGUCCUUCCGACGCCUCGGCGCGAAACUCCCAAAGGGUGCCUUGCUCGUCGGACCUCCUGGGACAGGCAAAACUCUCCUUGCCAAAGCCGUUGCGGGAGAGGCAGGGGUCCCCUUCUUCUCUAUGAGUGGCAGCGAAUUCGUGGAGAUCUUCGUCGGCGUGGGCGCAAGCCGCGUUCGCGAGUUGUUUGACGAAGCCCGCAAAGUCGCGCCCUCCAUCAUCUUCAUUGACGAAAUCGACAGCGUCGGCGCGAAGAGAAGCACCUCGUUUGGAAACAGCGAACGAGACAACACGCUGAACCAGCUUCUCGUUGAAAUGGACGGUUUCAAUCCAGAGGAGACGGUCGUCGUUCUUGCAGGAACGAACCGAGAUGAUCUUCUUGAUGACGCGCUUAAGCGUCCAGGCCGCUUCGAUCGCCUCGUGCAAAUUCGGCGCCCAGACGUCGCAGAACGGAAGGAAAUUUUCAAGGUUCACCUCAAGCCUCUUCGCCUCGCUCCGACGAUCGAUGCUGUCGCUCUCUCAGAACGCAUGGCGGCUCUCACUCCCGGAUUUGUCGGAGCAGACAUCGCGAAUCUCUGCAACGAAGCCGCCAUCCAGGCAGCUCGCCGCAGGUCGAAGGUUGGCGUGGAGCAAAGGGAUUUCGAGGCGGCAACGGAAAGAACGAUUGCGGGGCUUCCCUCUCCCGUAAAGGACCUUCUUUCUUCGCACCAACGACGCGCAAUUGCUUAUCACGAAUGCGGACAUGCAAUAGCUGGAUGGUUCCUCAAACACGGCAACCCGGUGCUGAAGCUGACAAUCAUCCCUCGAAGCAGCGGGGCUCUUGGCUUCGCUCAGCAAAUGCCGCCAACCGUGGAGCUGCACGAGAAAGAUGCGCUUUUGGACCGAAUUGCGGUCCUUCUCGGAGGACGCGCAGCGGAAGAGAUCUUCAUCGGUGCGAUUUCCAGUGGGGCAGCAGACGACAUUCAGAAGGCGUCGCGCCUGGCGCGGCUCUCCGUCAUGCAGUUUGGGAUGAGCGACAGACUAGGACUCGUCGACUACAGCCUUCAGCAAGGCGGUGAACAGAACUUUUACCGGCCCUACUCGGAGCACACUGCGAAGGUCAUCGAUGAUGAGGUCAGCCAGAUCAUCAACGACCAGUACGAGCGUGUGAAGACCCUGCUGAAAGAGCGGGAGAAGGAGGUUCACAGUCUAUGCGAACUUUUGAUAAGUCGAGAGAGUAUCACGUACUCGGAGAUCCUCGAGUGCAUCGGCCCUCGGCCUGUGCCACCAGAUCCACAGAUGGCGGCCUAUAUUCAGGCGCUGCCGACGCGGCCGCUGCUGCCGGAGACGGGAGACAAGGAGACAGGGAACAAGGAACCAGGGAACAAGGAGACAGGGGAGAAGGAGACAGGGGACAAUUCGCGACGGGAUGACGAUGACUCGGGGGGGCAGGAGAGAGACCUCGACAACAACGACGACGCCAGCGUACCGGAAAAAGUGAAGGAGAAAGUCCGCGAGGCUGCAGAGGCAGUCGCAGGGCGGAAGCCGGCGUCGGGGCCUGUCGCAUGCAAAGCAGACAAAGACGAAGACGCGUAAACAUGGACGGAAAAGCGAAGGCAGUUCGAACGAACUGCUUGCGGAGGAUCCAAGAAAAGAACUCGCCCCCUCUCACACCGAGAGGGUUCCAGGCCAACAGCCAGGAAGCGAAUUUGUCGAAGAAACGAUAGAUUACAUGUUAAAAAAAUGUGCACAGAUGUAUAUUUAUGUAUAUGCUUAUACAUAUGUAUAUAUUGGUGGAAAUGCGUAUGAACGUCAACGUCAGUGUGUCGCUACUAUUUCUGUGGCUGCCUCUCACAAGAUGAAUGCGCGCGUGCAUUCCGUUGCUGCUGUGGAGAGAGUGGGGAGUGAUUAGGUGGAAAGGGGGCGGGUGAACGCGAAACGAAGAAGGAGGGAGGAAGAAAGGAGAGUGCAAAUGAAAGACUGAGAAGGUAGAAAGUCGAAAACGAGUCGGAUGCUAGGAAGGGAAGUGAGCGAACGGAGAGAGUUCGAGAAGCAGACAUUUUAGCAUUCCAGGUCGCCCGUGGGGACUGUUCUUUUCGCUGUCAGCGCCGAUCGUCCUUUGAUUUUGUGCAUGCGUUUUUUUUGCCUGAAGCGUCCUCGCGUAUUUCUUUUUCGAGGCGUCUCCGCGUCGGAGGCCGUCUCCAAUUUGCCAAGCCGCGAUUCCGCUGGUUUCUCGUGCACCGAAAACGCUGUCAGAAGGAACAGAGAACUUUGCUACCCCAGCGGGCGAACUCUGCCUGCAAAAGGAAACUUUCUCUCACAUCUUCCAGAGCGCGACACAGAGCGCGAGGGAUCUUCAGACUCGGU